AAAGGGUCUGCCGGUAUAAGUGCAUUAUUGUUCACAAGUGAAGAUAUGAAAGCGUUGAAAUUGAACUUCAAACCAGCAGCUGAAAACCAAGUUAUACCUGAUGUUGAAGAAUAUGAAGAAUUUGUUCUCCCCAACAUUAACAAACAUGCGUUAAGAUUGCCAGAUUUUGAUGAGGUCAUAGGUACAAGAUAUUCUAGCACUGACUCUUUGGUAAACGAACUGUUACAAACUUGGUCUGAAUUUUUGGCCUCUGAAUAUCAAAGCGAUAAAUACGAAUAUCAUAUACAAGUGUAUCCUGUAAUUGUGAUUGAAAAAAAAGAUAUUGCUAGAUUAGCCAUAGAAACUGACAAACAACUAAAAGACAUCAGGCCGAUAACUAAUUUUGGAGAAACGCAAAUUACCGCUGAACUUCUUGAGCUUAGUGAUGGCCUACCGCAAGAACAGUCAGUUGUAGUUCAACGAUGGCCGAGGGAAAAUAGUUUAAGGACUGGUCUAGAUCUUGCAGAACCAGAUGAAAAGUGA